CAGCAGUCACCGUUAAGAUCAAGUUGAAACAGACUGUGUGAUACUUAGGAGAAAUGUCAGCACUGCUAAGGUCCUGCGCUCACAGUUUCAGAUCUGUGGAUGGACUCAAACACAGAAAGGCUUGGAAAUUAUGCAGCACGAGUUUGCUCCAGUGGUGUCAGUCCCUCCAUGUGGACAGUCCUCCUCUCAAACCCUCUCUGAGCAGCAGCUAUGUCCAUGGCACCUCCACCUUCUCUCUGCUCCCCCUGACUGUGGGCCAGAGCCUGGACUCCACAGUUGAGCGCUGGCCUGAGCGUGAAGCUGUUGUGUUCCUGCAGGACGGCAUCAGGAAAACCUUUGCACAGUUUCAGCAGGAUGUUGACAAGGCGGCUGCAGGUCUGCUUGCUUUGGGCCUGAAGCGAGGCGACAGACUGGGAGUUUGGGGACCAAACACGUAUGAGUGGAUCCUUUUCCAGUUUGCUUCAGCCAAAGCUGGAAUUAUACUGGUGUCAUUGAACCCAGCCUAUCAGGUGAAGGAAGUGGAGUUUACUCUAAAGAAGGUCCAGUGUAAAGCUGUGGUCUGCCCUACCCGCUUUAAAACCCAACAUUUCUGCGAGAUGCUGAGGGAGCUCUGCCCAGAGAUCGACAAAACCACAGAGGGCGUGAUCAAAAGCUCCAGGUUGCCAGACUUGCGUAUGGUGAUUGUGACGGACAGCAGACAGCCAGGGAUGCUUCACGUAGAGGAUGUGAUGCAAGCAGGAGAGAGUCGACACCACAAAGAGCUGAUGGAUCUGCACAGCAAACUGUCCUUCGAUGAGCCCAUCAACAUCCAGUUCACAUCAGGGACUACAGGAAGUCCAAAGGCAGCCUGUCUUUCCCACCACAAUAUCGUAAACAAUGCUUACUUUAUGGGUCUUCGAAUUGGUUAUGAACGGAGGCCUCAGGUGCGGGUUUGUGUGCCCGUACCCAUGUACCACUGCUUUGGCUCUGUGGCGGGUGGGAUGUGUAUGGCAGUCCAUGGCAUCACGCUGGUCUUCCCUUCCACUGGCUACAACAGCCAAGCCAACCUAGAGGCCAUUCAGAGUGAAAGGUGCAAUUUUGUCUAUGGCACUCCCACAAUGUACACUGACAUGCUCAGCCAGCAAGAGAUAAACAAGUAUGAUUUGUCAUCAGUUGAAGCUGGCCUAAUGGGAGGUUCUUCUUGUGCUCCUGAGGUUGUGAGAAAACUGAUAACAGACAUGAACAUGAAAGAGAUAGUGUUAGGCUAUGGAACAACUGAGAACAGCCCUCUUACAUUUCUGGGAUUCCCACAAGAUAUCGAGGAGCUAAAGAUAAACACUGCUGGAUGUAUCAUGAGCCACACUGAGGCUAAAGUGGUGGACCCUACUAGUGGGGAGAUCAUCCCUCUGGGGGCCUCAGGAGAGUUUAUGAUCAGAGGCAGCUGUGUGAUGCAUGGAUACUGGGACGACCCUGAGAAAACCAGAGAGGUUAUCUCCCACGGUGGCUGGUACAGGACUGGCGACAUCGGCAGUCUAAACAGUCUGGGAUACUGCCGCAUUGAUGGACGCAUAAAAGACAUGAUCAUCCGAGGAGGGGAGAACAUUUACCCUGCAGAGAUCGAGCAAUUUCUCUUCACACAUCCCAAAGUCCAGGAGGUGCAGGUGGUCGGAGUGAAAGAUGAGAGGCUGGGCGAGCAGGUGUGUGCCUGCGUCAAACUGAAAGAGGGCCAGACCUCCAGUUCAGAGGAGAUAAGAGACUUCUGCAAAGGCCAGAUUUCUCACUUCAAGAUCCCACACUAUGUGAUCUUUGUGGACAGCUACCCUCUGACAGCCUCUGGAAAGAUCAAGAAGAACAUAUUAAGGGAGGACAUGGAGAAGAAAUUGGGCCUUUACAUUUGAGUAAAAAAUUUAGUUAUAAAAGGUGUUUUCCCCUUGUUUAUUUAUAGUAAAAAGUAUUUCAAAGCCUUUAAGUGACACCACAGGCUCCAUUAUGUGAAGCUGUAAUCAUUCAAACCAACAUUUUGUUGAGUAUGCAAAAAUGUGCACAUUUUAUCCUUAUUUUAUUUCAUUUUAUUUUACCAAAAUUGUUAAAAUCCGUUUGAUGUAAAUCUUUUGGCAGUUACAUUAAAAACAGCAUUUCAACUGAA